CAAAGCCCUCCUAUUCCUCUCUUUCAAAUGACCGACAUGAUUGCUAAGGGGGCAACACUCCAUGCUCUCAGGCUUUCCUUCCCCUUUUUAUGAAUACAACUCUGCUCUCGGGAAUCUAUGUCUUCCUCUCUUGCAUGAUUUUGCUUCGAAAAAGCAAAUAGGUUCAAAAAUAUAGAGGCAGCAGCAUGUUUGAUUCUUAGACUAGUUAAAAAGUAAACAUCCAAGAGGGGUGUAGUAUGUCCUCUGUCAACUAGUACAUAGAAAAACUCUGAGAUCUCUUCCCUCUACUGAAGAUAAAAAAACCAUGGAGACCUAUCAGCUAAGCCUGAUUUUUAUAAGCGGCUCCUCCAGCCUAAACUCUAUGAACUAUAGGUGCAUUGUUUUUUUUCUCUUUGUCAUUAUCACAAUUGACAAAGUCUCAAGCCUUACACUUGGUUAUGUCUCAUUUGAUUGUAUCUCUUGCAUACUCUAUUGUGUCAACGUACUCUUGGAUUUUUUCUCUCCUCUGCUCUCUUAUCCUGGUGUAUUAACAGAAUAUGCGAGUGAAUUUCUUGGAGGAGAAGCCCCAUGUCAAAGGAAUCAUUAACAACAUAAUGUUCAUGCCAUGGGAGGAGGGCUGUUUUGUUACUGGUGGUAGUGAUCAUGCAGUUGUCUUGUGGACUGAUAAAGAUGGAGAACAGUCAUGGAAGCCUAAAGAGUUGCAUAGAGGGCAUUCUUCUGCUGUAAUGGGAGUUGCUGGUUUGCAGCAUAAAAAAGUUGUGAUGUCUGCAGGUGCCGAUAAGCGUAUACUUGGAAUUCCUGGGUUGAUGCCCAUACCAUUUUCUGUUCUACUAGCAAAUCUACAGACGGCAGCUCAUCUGACACCAGCGUCAUCUCCAAAUGUGGACGGGCCAAAAUUUCCUGAAGAAUAUCUUGUAGUACCGCAAAGAGCGAAUGAGGAAAGUGCCCUUGUGCUUGUCACAACCAGGGUUGAGGCUGAAGAAAGAAGAAAGCACCCUGGUGCUGAUCAUGCUGCACUAGAAGCUGAUCAAGCUGGAAAGCGUCGGAGGAUAGAAGGGAAAGAGUGCCCGGAGAGGGAAGCUCCAUCAGUUAAAAUAGAGAAACUGUUGUCAUUGGGCCCUGAACCUGAGAAGGGUUCUGAUGUUACCCAGGAGAUAGAGAAGGUGUUACCAAGUGUUCCACCUCCAGAGCCUAAGUAUCAGCUGCAUAGAACAAGCUCCCCCCUUCUAGCAUCCAGUUUCAUGUACAAAUGAUCAAUGUGAGAGAUCGUCGCGGAGGGCCUCCGCUGGCAGCUCUUGCCAGCAUCCUUUGUGAGAUUGCCUUGGCUGUGUCUACUUCUCUAGAUGAGUUUUUCUAUGGUACAUUUUUAUAUUUCUAACUUUGGAAUUAUGUGGAGGACGUAAUUUUGGUAGUUUCCUUUCAGUUACAAGCAUUCAUACUGGAAAUACGUGGACGACAUAGUUUUGGUAGUUUCCUUUCAGUUACUGUAAGCAUUUCCAGUAUGAAUGCUAAUCUUCUUCAUGGUUUCUUCUAGACUUGAAAUCCUCCUCACUGGCAUAUGGCUUCCAUACUUUACUCACAAAUUCAAUAAUCUCACUUGUGGUUGAUUUCAAUUCGCUAUUCUCGUAUACAGGCACCUGAAGCUUUGAUAAGGUUCUCUAAGUUCAUUGUAAGGUAAAAAUGUUCCAUGUAGAUCAACAUCUCUUGUUUUUCCUUGGGUUGGAAAAAGAAGCACUUUUUAAAUACAUAACUUGUCGGCUAGGCAGCUGUUGAACACUUGAACUCAUCUUUAGUUACUAGGUAUUUACACCAAAUUAUCGAAAUUUAUUAAAGUGACUUA